AUGGGCAAGGCGAUCGAUAUACCGUCGAUGGGCGAGUGGAACAUGUUGGACGUAGAGGGGGCUACGUCGCACGAGUUGGCACUGCUGACACACGAACAUGUUAUGGAUGCGUUGACGCCCGGCACAUUAGAGCUAAUUGCCCCAAGGACAAGAGCGGUGCCGGCCCGGCAUCAUAAAGAGUCGCAUUGGCCGUUGGUACCAGCACUUGUGAUGACUCCACUUCGUGGAUUUGGACAGUGA